GCGUACACUCCUCUCCACUACAUUCGCUUGGAACCGCCUUCAAACAUGGAUGAAAUUGGAAUCGAGAUGCAGAAAGAGGACCCAACCUUCGAGUCGGUGGUGACCGAAAAGACGGCGCUCUUCCAAGAGCUGCAGGAAGAGGAUCUCUAUGUGAAAUACAAGAAACUCAGCAGGCAUCUCGAGAUGCUAGAUAUACAAGAGAGCUACGUCAAGGACGAGCAGCUUAACCUCAAGCGCGAGCUCAUUCGCGCGCAAGAAGAAGUCAAGCGCAUCCAGUCCGUCCCGCUCGUCAUCGGCCAGUUUCUCGAGCCCAUAGACCAGAAUACUGCCAUCUGUGGGUCUACGACUGGCUCCAACUAUAUCGUCCGCAUCCUUUCCACGCUUGACCGUGAGCUCCUCAAGCCGUCAUCGUCUGUCGCAAUGCACCGGCAUUCGAACGCUAUUGUGGACAUCCUCCCACCAGAGGCAGAUUCGUCCAUCCAGAUGCUCGGAAAGGAAGAGAAGCCGGAUGUCACAUACCAGGAUGUUGGCGGAAUGGAUUUGCAGAAGCAGGAAAUUCGAGAGGCAGUCGAGCUACCGCUAACGCACUUCGAUCUGUACCGCAAGAUUGGUAUCGACCCACCACGCGGUGUCCUGCUCUGGGGUCCACCAGGUACCGGAAAGACGAUGUUGGUCAAGGCCGUCGCACACCACACAACCGCCGCCUUCAUCCGAGUAAACGGCUCAGAGUUCGUCCAGAAGUACCUCGGAGAAGGACCCCGUAUGGUGCGGGACGUCUUCCGUCUCGCAAGAGAGAACUCGCCAGCAAUCGUCUUCAUUGACGAAGUCGACGCCAUUGCAACAAAGCGUUUCGAUGCCCAGACCGGUGCCGACCGUGAAGUGCAGCGUAUCCUGCUCGAGCUUCUGAACCAGAUGGACGGGUUCGAUCAGGGUAGCAACGUGAAGGUCAUUAUGGCGACAAAUCGUGCUGACACUCUCGAUCCUGCCUUGCUUCGUCCUGGUCGUCUUGACCGAAAGAUCGAAUUCCCGCUUCCAUCGCGCCGUGAACGGCGACUGGUCUUCCAGACAUGCACGAGUAAGAUGAAUCUUGGGCCGGACGUUGAUCUGGAGGACUACGUCUCCCGACCGGAUCGUCUGUCGUCAGCUGAGAUUGCUUCUAUCGUGCAAGCUGCUGGUUUGCAAGCUGUGCGCAAGAACCGUUAUGUUAUCCUUCCGGCUGACUUCGAGGAAGCCUGGAAACAAACCGUCAAGAGAGCGGACGACACUCUCGACUUCUACCGAUAGUAGCGAACGUUGUACUUAUCAUCUCUCGCACCUGUAUUGUAGAAGACAAUCAACUUUUCUUUCUUUGCCUUC